CUGCAUGGGUUUAUUUCCAGUAGAGCAUCAAGUUUGCAGAGGACUACUACAGUACGAGCCGUGAAAUCAGUCACAGCUCACACUCAGUCUCUCAGUGAAUGAGCGCGCACCGGUCCGUGGUGACGACGCGCGCACCGCUAUUACUGACGUCGCCUUAGAAUAUUCUUGAUACAAGUAGAAAUAGUCACUCGAUCUAUUCUCCCGUCGCUACUUGGGAUCGCAAAUAUUAGUAUACGGUCGAGAGAGAGUCAUGAGGGUUUCAGAGGCAAAUAAAGAGCCCCGGAGCCCGGCUAACAUGGAGAGGGACACCGGCUCUGGCAAACGGCAGCACUACUUUAGAACGAUCGUGGAUGUGAUACCAUUUGUGUUUUCUCUUGUCUCCUUCGCGUUUUGCUUUUUACUGAGUAUUCAGACCAGUGAAAUUAAGGGUAGAGUCGUGGAUCUGGAGAUUGGAAGUGGCGCGCGCAUCUUAAGCCCGUUUCAUGGGCUCUCCAUGGAUCAGUUUAAUUCAAUGGUACAGGAGAGAGUGGAUAAGCUUCUGUCACAGCGUUCUUAUGAACACAUGGCUAGAAUAAGGACUGCCCGUCAAGCAUCAUCUGACUGCAACUGUCCACCAGGGUCUUUCAUGUCAGGGGUGAUCUUAGAGGCACAGAGGGUCCAGCUUUAACAUCAGCAAACAACAAAUGAGCAAACCGUUACCUAUGGACUCAUUCUUUGAACAAGCUCAGUCUUGUUCAGCCUUGAGGGGUCAACAUGAAAUCAAAAUCAACCCUAUUUUCUUGGUUAAUUCAGAAGGUGGUUUGUAGAAGUAAACUAUAACAUGGAAACUUCUAUA